GUUUUUUGUAGUUGUUUCAGGGGGACUACUUAGCUUCCACUCCUCUCUAUGCCGCCAUCUUGCCUGAGUCGCUGGCAAUUUCAUUUUAAGUAGAGAAGUUGUGGGUUUACAGAACAACCAUACAUAAAAUACAGAAUUCCCAUAUACCACCUUAAUUUUUGUUGUACCGUAUUUACAACCCAACAUUUCCCUUUUCAACCAUAUUCAGAUAUAUAUUUUACAUAGAGUUUCUUUAAGAGCUGUCCAGUAAGUUCCCUCCUUUCCUCAAAAGCUUGAAAUAACUCUGCUUCUCACUUAGAUUAAAAGACGUUGGCCAGCAAGUACUUCAGAACAUGACAUGCCUGCAGACUCCAAUCACCUCUCUAACUUAGAUUAUGAUUGCUCUCCUGCAUCACAUUCUGCCUCACACUUGCCUCUUGCUCUACCUAAAAUGUGCAAAGCACACUCAUGUCUUCUGCCUGUGCUCUGGUUAUUUCCUCUUUCUGGUUCAUUAUCUUCUCACAUAUCCCCUUGGGUAACUGCUUUGCAUCCCAGGAGUCUAAGCUCAGGUCUUUCUUUUCUAUGAGGCUCACUGAAUAGCCUAAUUAGCACACUUAUUUGAAUUGUCAGCACUGUCCAUAACUGGAUCCUGCUCUAGUUCUGACUUUUUCCUUUGCACCGUACAUAAGAUAUAUAAUUUAAUUUUGGAUUGCUUAGCCCUCACAGAAGAGAUCUUUGCAUUUUUCACCAGGUGAAUCCUAAUUACAUAUCAGAGUGUACUUUUUAGGUUGCCUGACAUUUUAUUCAUUUAUUUUUGUAAUAUUAAUAUUGGCUUUUCAUGCCUCUUUUCUUGUACAAUUCAUUUGUGCUGCUUUUGGUCUUUCCCAGUGUUCCAUUUUAUGUGUUUAGCCUUUUAAUAAUGAACUUUUCUUAUUUCUUGGAACAGACUGUGAUUUUAUUCGCUGGGAAUGAGGGGCAGUUAUACCUUUUCAUUCUUGUGUCUUUAUGUUGACACUUGAAAUUGAUGAUCAUCUGAAAUCUAUAUUGACUGUUGGAAAAAUCAUUACACUUGGUUCUAACUUUUUAGAAUCAGAAUACAACUUUUUUCUUUGCCAAAUCAGGGUUCACUGUUUUGUGAAAUGGUUAUUUUGCUUUUCUUUCUCUUCCCUAAGAUAAAUCUACAUAUGUGGCUCACUCUUUAUCCCCUUACUAUGCUGCAUUUUCCAUAGUAAAUAUAUUACUACCACUGAAUAUAUUUUAUUUCUUCACUUUCUACCCCCAGAAGUAUAAUCCAUGUGCAUCUGAACAUUUCCAUUUUGUUCACUGUUUAUCUGCUUUGGCCUGCUGAAGUGGGAUCUGUGUAAAUGUGUUUUACUAAAUGAAAGAGACAAGAGGUAAAUUCAGGAAGCAAAGCAGUCUUGUCUGAGACACAGGGCUUUGCAGGAGAAGGAACUCAAGGUCUGAAUCAAAUACAUCUUUUGCUUUGUCUCAUCUUUACAUUAUCCAGUAGGGCUUCAAGUCAUCCCUGGUCUUGUUGGAGAAUAACAACCAGGAUUAUACCAAAACUGUAUACACAUCAACAGAAAUGUAGUGGUCAGGAGUUUAGGUUUCAAAGAUAAAUUGACCUGCUUUCUGCCCUGGGCUCAGCAACAUUCUAAUUGGAAAACAUUGAGCGUGGGGUCAAUUGAUUGUCUCUAAGCUCCCUCUGUGAUGAACUAUUUGAAAUAAUAUCUGUUUAACAGGGGUAUUAUGAGCGAUGAGCUAGUGUGUGGAAAGCUUUUGACAAAACCUUUCAUGUAUCAUGGUUACUCAAUAAAUGGAACAUUUAUCAUUUAUAUAUUGUAAUUAUAUAUUGUAAGAAUGAAUGUUAAAGUUUUAAAAAAUUUAUUUACCUUUUGUUUAAUUAGAGAAGUUGUAGAUUACAAAAAAAGGCGGAAAAUACAGAGUUCCCAUGUACCCUCCUUGAUUUGGUGCUUGCCCAGUUACUGCAGCCCUUUAAGUGAUUUCUGACAUUUUAAUGAAGUUUGGCUCUGUCAGUUUUUGACAGUUGGUCAAAGAUUCCAUGGUGAAAUAGCACCCUGUAGUGUUUUAUGCCACCAUGUUGGUUGAUUGGAAGCCAAUACUAAGUUUCUGAUGACUGCAAAAUAUGUAACUUGGCCUAUUGCAAUUAUGGAGGCUUUGAAGUUAGCUGUGGGUGGAAAUUUGUUGUGAAAUCACCAUUCCAAGAAUUAGAGAUGACCCCAGUCAGCCUCAGAGCCCCUGGGACGGUACAGUAGUGGGAGUUCAAGUAGAUAUGCUUGAGGCCCCACCAGGGGCACAAAUGUGAGGAAAUUUUAGAGUGGAGCCUCCAGAGGACUGGUGUGUAAGUUUCUGCUCCUAGCAUUUGUGGGCAAAUUAACAUUGAAUCCUCUUUGGAAUUCAGUUAACUUAUAAAAUGUGACUCUUAAUGUCUUCCUCCAAAUUAGCAAAGACCAAAGCAUGUUCUUCUCACUCUUGUGGAAAUAGGUCUAUUUGGCAUCUUAUAACAUUAGGGACUGGUUGUUUGAGUGUCUGGCUGUAUGUUGAGCAGAGUGGUCACAAAUAAAUGGUGUUCAAGCACAGUCAGGCUCGUAAGUGUGGGAAUUGUGGGGGAAGUCUGUAUUCUUAUGUUUCCUUUUUCUCAUCUGAACUCGAUUAUAUUCUCAAUAUCCUCUGUCUCAAUGAAAAGGAUUGUGAUGGUGACAGUGCAACUGCUAAGUGUUUGAGAAACAGACAAUAGAUGAGUAAAAUGUCAUAUUUUUCCAAAAGAUUAUUCUUCUUCAGGUAAGGGGUCCUGUCUCCUCAUUAUUAUUUAUAUUUUUUUAAACGAAUGAUGGCCAUUUCAUGGCCUGGGAUCAGUUUGUUUUUGCACCUGAAACAGUGUGUCUCUGAGCUUCCCAUGGCUAGUGGAGAGCAAAAGGAGAAGCUGCCAGCCCUGCAAGGUUUCUCAACCACUGAUAUCUCAUUCUGGUUUCACCCUUUGCUUUUCAUUUGUUGAAUAUUCUGGUGGGGCAUAUGGAAGGAGUUGAAGUUAUGUUUUUUAAAAGGAAGUGGUGACUUGAAUGUGAAUAUAAGUUUUUCAUUUGUAGAGCAUUUCGCUCAUUUGUGCGAUGUGCUCUGAGUGUUCUGAGUCCUAAAGGGAAGAAGGAAGAGGAGUGGAAUUGCUGACGGUCAAGGUAUGGAAGGAUAAAUUUGCUGUGAUAGAAUGUUGUUAAAUCUAAGAGACAGGAUUUGAUGAGUAAGGAGGUGAAUGUAGAUAGUGAAAGGAAGUUGCUGAUGGCCAAGCCCUAGAAUAGAUCUUGGUAGAAUACAGAACUUUGUGAACUUCUUAUGACUUUGUAGUUCCUCACAGCUGCCACUUUCACCCAUCCUGCACACGUUAGGGAGACAAUACUUUACUGAUCCAGAAUAUAUGGGAUGUUUCAGGACUCAGUGGUCUUUGAGGAUGUGGCCGUGGACUUUACUCAGGAAGAAUGGGCUUUGCUGGAUGUUGCUCAGAUGAAGCUCUACAGAGAUGUGAUGGUAGAAAACUUCAGGAACCUGGCCUCAGUAGUUUCUCAACAGGAUAAUAAUGGAGAACUCUUAUCCAUUGAGCAUAUAAUACUGAAAUUCAAGGAGAAUGAUUCCUGGCCCUCCAUGUUAGGAGAAAUCUGCCAAUUCCAUGGCAUUGAAGAUCUGUACAACAACCUGGGGAGACAUGUGAGAAGGCCUAUGGUUGAAAGACCCUGUGAAAGUGAUGAAGGGAAUCAAUAUGGGAAAACCUUCAGCCAGAUUCCAAAUCUUAUUGUGCAUAGAAGAACUUCUACUGGAAUAAAAUCAUAUGAAUGCCAAAAAAGUGGGAAAACCUUCACGAAUCACUCAUCAGUUCAGCACCACAUGAAAUCUCACACUGGAUGCAGAUCCUAUCAGUGUAAGGAAUGUGGAGAAGCCUGUAGUUGCUCCUCUUUCCUAAGCACUCAUGUGAGAAUUCGUACUGGAGAGAAACCCUACAAAUGUAAGGACUGUAAGAAAAGCCUUCGUUAUCGUGCAUCUCUUAAAAGACAUAUGAUAACACUCACUGGAGAGAAACCCUAUGAAUGUAAGGAUUGUGGAAAAGCCUUCAGUUGUCCCUUAUUCUUUCAGAGACAUGUGAAAAGUCAUAAUAUUGAAUGUAAAGAAUGUGGCAAAGUCUUUACUCAAUUCUCAUCCCUCAGUUCACAUAAAAAAAUUCAUAGUGGAGAUAAACGUUACGAAUGUAAGGAAUGUGGGAAAACCUUUUUUCGCUUCUUUGCCCUCACUGAACAUAAAAGAAGUCAUACCGGAGAGAGGCCUUAUGAAUGUAAGGAAUGUGGGAAAGCCUUUAGUCGUUCUUCGGCCUUAAAUAACCAUGUAAAGAUUCAUAGUGGAGAGAAGCCUUUUAAAUGUAAUGAGUGUGGGAAAGCCUUUGUUAGUUCCUUUUCCCUCAAGGAACACAAUAGAUGUCACAGUGGAGAAAAACCUUACGAAUGUAAGGAAUGUGGGAAAGCGUUUCGUUGUUCCUCAACCCUCAUUAAACACACCAGAAUUCACACCGGAGAGAAGCCUUAUGAAUGUAAGGAAUGUGGGAAAGCCUUUAGUCGUUCCUCAUCCCUUGCUGUCCAUGUAAGAAGUCAUAGAGGAGAGAAGCCUUUUAAAUGUAAUGAGUGUGGGAAAGCCUGUGCUAAUUCCUAUUCCCUGAAGGAACACAAAAGAUGUCACAGUGGAGAAAAACCUUACGAAUGUAAGGAAUGUGGGAAAGCCUUUCGUUGUUCCUCAACCCUCAGUGACCAUAUCAGAAUUCACACCAGAGGGAAGCCUUAUGAAUGUAAGGAAUAUGGGAAAGCCUUUAGUCGUUCUUCAACCUUCAAUGACCAUGUAAAGAGUCAUAGAGGAGAGAAGCCUUUUAAAUGUAAUGAGUGUGGGAAAGCCUUUGUUAGUUCCUUUUCCCUCAAGGUACACAAUAGAUGUCACACUGGAGAAAAACCUUACGAAUGUAAGGAAUGUGGGAAAGCUUUUCGUUGUUCCUCAACCCUCAGUAGCCAUACCAGAAUUCACACUGGAGAGAAGCCUUACGAAUGUAAGGAAUGUGGGAAAGCCUUUAUUCAUUCCUCAUCCCUUGCUGCCCAUGUAAGAAGUCAUAGAGGAGAGAAGCCUUUUAACUGUAAUGUAUGUGGGAAAGCCUUUGCUAAUUCCUAUUCCUUCAAGGAACACAAUAGAUGUCACAGUGGAGAAAAACCUUAUGAAUGUAAGGAAUGUGGGAAACCCUUUCGUUGUUCCUCAUCCCUCAUUAAACAUAUCAGAAUUCACACCAGAGAGAAGCCUUAUGAACAUAAGGAAUGUGGGAAAGCCUUUAGCUGUUCCUCAUCCCUCAUUGAACAUAAAAAAACCCAGAGAAGCCUGUGAAUCUAGGGAGUGUGGGAAAGUGUAUAAUCAUUCCUCAUACUUCCCUAAUCCUAUGAGAUCCUACCUUGGAGAGAAGCUUUCUUGUAAAGCAUGUGGGGAAAGUCUGCUUGUCUUUCAGGUUUUUGAAGACAUGAGCAAGUACACUGGAGGUGAAAAAAUAUGUGUACAUAAUGGAAGCUUUCUGUUGUCUUUUAUCUUUUUGAAAACUGAAAGAAGAUACAUGGGAGAGAAACCAUGUAAGGAUUGUGGGCAAGUUUUGGUUUUUCUCUAUAGUUUCAAUGAGGGAACGCCUUUGCUAAUCACCUCUGUUGAACAUGGGAGGAGUCAUCCUAGAGAUAAAUCAUGUAAUUGUGAGGAAGAUGGGAAAUCUGGAGUCUUUCACAACUUAGGCAAUAUGUGAGACAUCACACUGUGAAGAGGUCUUAUGAAUGGAAAAGACAUGGGAAGCCUUCAGUACACUUUCUCCCUUAAGACACCCACCUUUGAGAUUUCACUCAGAGGAAUGAUCCAGUGACUGUACACUGCAUAAGAAUGCUUUAUUUGACAUUGUUUCCCUUUUGUGCGAAAGGAAGUUCAUACCAGCAUAGACGUCAGGUUAGAAAUAUGGACUUGACUAUUACCAUAAAUCCACAUGCCUUAAUUUCCACUUUUUAUUUUUUGAUUUGAUUAUUAAAUGAUACCCUUUCAAUUUUCCCACAUUUGGCUCUGUUAUUUAAUAAUUGCCUUCAUUACAAAGUGUUACAUACCAAUGGUGGUUUUGACGUUUUUAUUUUUAGGUUUUGUAAGUUUUUUAUAUUUUCUAAGGUUACAAAGCAGUAUAUGCUCAUUGUAUAAAAUUUGAUUUUAACGAAAAGUACAAAGCAAAGCCAAAAAUCACUCAGCAUCCCCACCACUCUUGAUAUUUUGAUCUGUUCCUUUAGGCCUUUUUUGUAUGCAAAGUAAUAUUUUUCCCACAGUCUAGAUUGCACUCUCUGUACUGCUAUAGUGGACAUUUUUUGCUUCUCUUAUUUAUCCUCUACAACUCUAAUUUUGAUCCCUGUUUUGCUGAUGAGGAAACUGAACAGACAGUUUAAGCCAAAUUGCGUUGUAACUCACACAACUGCCCCUCUCCUCUAGUGGUAUGAGAAGCUGAGUUUGUGUGGAAGGAGAGCUUAUUUGGGGGCACAAGUAGAGGGAGGAUAGACGUAACUGCAGUGGAGCUUCUGUCUAGCACAUGAACAGAGCAUGUGUUCAGAGACCGAGUCCUACUUUCAGUGAUCAUGAGGCGCUAGUAGAGUGCACCAUGCAGGGAGCUGAGGCUGCAAGGCUGGCUGGGAGCUGUUGCUCCACGUGCAGUGCACACCCACUUCAGGUCUUGGUCAGAAUGGUAGCCCAGUCAGUGUCUCCAUAUUAGUGGGGUCCUGAGGGUUUAUCCAAAACCACUCUGCCCCGUGCUAUGCAGGGAGUUGCUUCAGAGACUCUUCGUGUAAGGUGCCUGGGAAAUGGUGGCCCUAGGCAGCAGAAGUCCUCCCCUUGACCCAGCAACUUCCCAAAUCACCCAAUGGUUAUUCCUGGGUACCAUGAAGGUGCUGAUAACAGUGAUAAUAAAAAUAGGGAGACUGGAACCUGACAAUACUACCAAGAAUGGAGUUGCUAGAUACAUGCCUGGCUACACAUCACAAUAUUGUACUGCUACUAAAUACAUUUGUUCAUAUAACUGUGAGCACAGGAGAGUCAGUGACACCAUAAUUUUGUGGAAAUGCAGGGCCUAAAUAAGUGCAUGCACAGUGAUACUAGUUUGAUAAACCAUUGAAGUAUUACUUGUUUUACAUUUUAUCAUCGUGGAUAAAGCAGACUAUAGAGAUGAUCAAUCUCAGAACAUUAACAGGCGUUCUCCCUAAAGUUGAGAUUGGGUGAUUCCUUGUUUUAUUUCUUGUUAAUUUGCAGUUCUUCUAGUCAUAUUUUGCUUAAAAAAUUUAAAAAUUGAAUAUAAAAAAUAAAGUCAUUUUUGAAAUUCAGUAUAUGGAAUUCACCACAAUGGAGGUAUACAACAGUCUUUAACCAUCACAGAAGACAACUUGGUAUCAGUAUAUAUUAAACUGUAAUCGAUUUAGGAUAUUAAAUGUAAUCUCCUUGUUAACCAUAAAAUAACUUAAAAAUCUACUCCAAAGGGAAGCGGGCAAGAUAGCAUAGAGAGGUGUAGAAUUUAAUUAGUCCCCUAGAGUAACUAAAAUAGCCAGGAACAACCAGUAAAUAGUCUGGAACAAUUGUUGGGGGACAUUCCUGACUGCUCAUACAUAUGGCAGUGGAACAGCUGAGAUCGUGGCAUAAAGCAAGUAAAAAAUUAUGAACCGGCACCCUCGUCCCCAGCAUGGCAGGCCGAGCUGCAGAACUUCUGUGUGUGAGAAAGAAGCUGUUCCUGUUGGAGCAGGGAGGGUGGCUCAGCCAACCUCCAGUAGCAGUUUUAAUUUAACAAAUUUGGGCUAUUGAAUACAACAUAGAAGCACAGGUAGGCCCUGAGCAAACAGGAAUCUGGGGUUCCUCCUGGCAGAGAGGAGGCAGGGCUGAAGAGGGAAGAAAAAAAAAAAAUACACACACACACACACACACACACAUACA